AUGUCCGCGCCGUCUUGCACCGACGAUCCUGCAUCGCCACGACAGAAGCGCUGGACACCUCGUGUCCGGACGGGCUGCUAUACAUGUCGCACCCGCCGCCUCAAGUGCGACGAGGGCCAGCCGACCUGCAAGAGAUGCCGCAUCCGAGGACUGCGAUGCGACUACCCGUUGCAGCCGCAGCACCGGCCGCAGGGGAGACUCUCGCUCACCGCCCUCCAGCCUCCAGAGUGGGCCUUUGCCGAGGCCCUGCGGUAUUAUUUAACAGUCACUCUACAGCCCAAGUCAGGCGGACCGCCCAAGGCGGUGACCCCGGAAGAGCACAUGAAGCAGUACCGGCCAGACAUGCACAUUUCACGACAGGAAUCGAUUCCGUCGUUUGUGAUGAUGGUCAUCCACACGCAUAUUGCCGACAUCUGCCGGGCCAAUAACCUCAGAAGCGAGCCGGGCAAUUGGCCGGCGAUUAAUCAUCUCUGGCGUAUGUUCUUCGACUACAUGGCCAAGGCUAUCCAUUACCUAAACCAAUCCAUCGCGGCCGGCUUCCCACCACGCUACAAUCUCUACAGAAUCGUCGAUCUUCUCAGCAUCGAGGCGCACUGCAAGGGAUUCCUCGCCCUCGUCGAGGCAUACGGAGGUGUCGACACCGUCAUUAAAUCUGCCAGCAAUCCUUCCCCCAUACUAGCCCUACAAUUCGUCUUCAUACACGGACUCAUCUGCAACACGGCUGGUCCCGUGGAAGACCAACUCAGCGAGUUCGACAACUUCAAAGAGGCCGACAUUCUUCGAAUCUACAGCAACAUGUACUUUCGCAUCUUACCGUGUCCGAGCAUACUUUUUAUGGCCAUUGUGCAGAUCACCCGCCUCCGCGUUUUGGCGGCCACGCUCGGCGCAUCAUCGCCUGAGCUGCUGUCCGCCGCGCAGCUGAUUGCCGACACGGUCCACGACUUUGUGCCGGAACGCUGGACGGAGUCCUACGAGCUCCCGGACGACCCCAAGAUCUACACGUUUGCUCGCGUAUUCAGGGCCACCGUGAUGUUGUACGCGCUGCUGGCGCUGCCGGCGAAUCUUGCGCGGCCGUUUCGUCGCGCCGAGGCCGCCACCGGCCGGGACUCGCGGCUGCACCACCGCGACGUGCUCGUAGCGGGCGUUGCCAGAGCGAGCGCCGUGAGAAUGGGCUUGGCUGGCAUGUGCUGGCCCUUGGCGGUUCUGGGCGUCGCUCUGUACGACGGUGCCUUGGAGGAGCAGGACCGCGUGCUGGCCUGGCUCAAGGAGAUGGAGUUGCUGGAGACGGCGUCCUCGGGGCCCGUCAUGCUGCGGAAACUGCUACCGGUGUUUUGGGAGUCGGGGAAGUGCGGUUGGGAAGAUUGCUACUAUCAGCUCUUCCAGAUUGCAGCAUAA